ACAGAGCCUAAUGCCAAGUAGCGUCAUAUUUCCCUGACAGCAACGUUGCUACCCGGGUAUAUUGCUCUGCCAGUGUUUUGCUGUAUUUCCCCGCAUGUUUAAGAGCAAACAUGGAGAAUCUUCACGCCGACGUCUUUUCUCGUGUUUUCUUGUUUCUCUGUGUGUUGGCGUUGAGUGAACAACAAGAGACAACCACUGUGACUCCCAGAGAAAUAAUGGCCUCCACCUCCUGCACCAAUGACUACAUGGAACUGUCCAUCCCUGUGGAUGAACUGACCGACAUCACCCUGAACGACCUUUACUGGGAGCCUGACCAGAACUGUGGUGCCACAACUAACGGUACUCACUACCUUUUCCGUACAGGUCUGUACGGAUGUGGGACUCAGGUGACCUUCGAAUCGACGUCCGUCAUCUUUGACAACGCCAUCAACAUCCGGGUUACCCAUAUGUCAGAUGACGUCAUCACCCGUAAGGGAGACAUCAGGAUUACUUCUAAAUGCGAGUACCAACGGCAUCAGUGGGUGCACGCCACCUUCCUCCCCAUCCCUUUCGGCCUGAACUUCACGGAGGAGGGGUUCGGGCAGCUGAAGAUUCUUUUCACCAUGUUCCCAACGGAGGAGUACCAGACUCCGUACCAGGCCAACGAGUUUCCCAUCCGCCGGAACCUGGGCGAGCAAAUCUACCUGCAGCUGGAGGUGCAUGGGCACGGGCAGAAUCUCGCCGUGCUAGCGCUGAACUGUAAGGCAACCAUGUCACCUCAACCUAACGAUACCGUGCAGUACCCACUCAUCAACGACGGNUGUGCCUCUGACGAAACCGUAGAUUUCUACACAAUUGACGAUCCCGCCAAGGAGCGCUUUGCUUUUGAGGCGUUCCGCUUCGUUCAGGAGGUGGACACGGUGUACGUGCACUGUGAGGUGAUGGUCUGUAACGCCGCUGAUUCUGGGUCCCGCUGUGAACAGGAAAAUGAAAACAAGUGGUUGCACUUGGAAACGACAUGUUAA